UGGGGAGGGGGGGUGGUUGGCGGUGGUGUCCCGGCCACCGGCUCUGCAUGGGGAUCCGGCACCGGUGGCCAGUUGAGGUGAAGCGGGAGAGCUGCGGGCGUCAUGAAGAGGAAGAACGAGAAGCGCAGAGGGUGCGUGUCGAAGCGGCGCUCGGUGAGGAAGAAGCCGGAGGAAGAGCAGCUGCAGGCGGCGGCGCCGGCGGGCAGCGAUGUUUACAUCAGGUUGCAAGUUGGGGAAUGGCGGAUGGAGAGGAGCUUCUUAAUGCGGCAGAGUUUAUAAAAGAUCGUCUGUAUUUUGCUAUUCUGCGACAUAAACCCAAAAACACCGCGAACACGCACUAUUUUAGCGUUGAUGAUGAACUUGUGUAUGAAAAUUUCUAUGCAGAUUUUGGACCUCUGAACAUAGCCAUGUUGUAUAGAUACUGCUGUAAGCUGAACAAAAAAAUUAAGUCAUUUACCCUGGGAAGGAAGAAAAUUGUUCACUACACGGGAAGUGAUCAGAAGAAACAGGCAAAUGCAGCAGUCCUUAUUGGGUCCUUUUCAGUAAUCUACUUGAAAAAGUCUCCAGAGGAAACCUACAGAUUGUUGGUAGGGGGGAAUAAUGUAUACCAACCCUUCAGAGAUGCUUCAUUUGGCACAUGCACAUAUAAGCUAACAGUUCUGGACUGUUUACAUGCAGUUAGUAAGGCUGUGCAGUAUGAUUUCUUCAACUUCAAUACAUUUGAUGUGGACGAAUAUGAACAUUAUGAGAGGGCGGAAAAUGGAGAUUUUAACUGGAUUAUCCCCAGCAAGUUCUUGGCCUUCAGUGGACCACAUCCAAAGAGCAAAGUAGAAAAUGGCUACCCAUUGCAUGCUCCAGAGGCCUAUUUCCAAUACUUUCGAAAACACAACAUCACCACAAUUAUUCGCUUGAACAAGAAAAUGUACGAUGCCAAGCGAUUCACAGAUGCUCGUUUUGAGCACCACGAUCUCUUCUUUGUGGAUGGGAGUACCCCUAGUGAUACUAUAGUCAAAAGGUUCUUAAAUAUCUGUGAGAAUGCGGAGGGUGUCGUUGCUGUGCACUGCAAAGCUGGCUUAGGCCGAACUGGUACUCUUAUAGCAUGUUAUAUCAUGAAGCACUACAGACUAACAGCAGCAGAAGCCAUUGCCUGGAUCAGAAUAUGUAGACCAGGAUCAGUUAUAGGACCUCAGCAGCACUUUUUAGAAGAGAAACAAGCUAACCUAUGGGCCCAGGGUGACCUAUUCCGUGCAAAAUUAAAAGAACAGAUGAAUGGAAAAGAGAAGGUUGGCGUUACAAGGAUCCUUUCUGGAGUUGAUGAUAUUUCCAUUAACGAUGAUCAGAAUAGGAUGUGUGAGGAACUAGAAAGUCACAUGUACAAUGAUAAUGACAAUGAUGAUCAUUACCCUAAUAAAAAUGAAAUGACUCAAGGCGAUAAACUCAGGGUCUUGAAAAGUAGAAGACCAGCUAGAGCUGUAAACACUGGAUCGUUAAAAUUGGAGGAGAACAAAAUGCACACAAGAUCAUCAUCGCAGGCAUUCAGGAUAAUACUACAGUCUAGCAAACAGAGUUGCAAGCUGCCUUCUAAACCAUGUGCCAUACCUGGCGUCGGCCUUACAAGCAAACGGACAACCAGAUCCAUGGCGACAAACAGUAAUUUGAGGAGUCACUCCAGUAUUAGUACUAAAGUACCAUUGCUUCGUUAACAUUCAAUCUAAAGUAGCACCUCGGACAUUUGCAGAGGAGCCUGGAAAAUGCGAUUUCCCUGCAUUGUGUACUGAACUAGGAAUUUGGUGGAGAGCAGCAUCACUUCACUCAGAAGGAUUCUGCAAAGUGACUUGGACUUGAAUACCUUCUUGAGAAUUCCUCAUGCACAAUGGAGCAAUUAAUGAUGGUGAUGGUCAGUAUAAAAAGACAUCUGCAAGCUACUGCGAAAGAAAAAAAACAUUUUUGACUGCAAACAAGUCCUUUAGCACAAUAUUUGUACUUGAGCUGCUGGAUAAAAGUCAGGCCUUUGCAGCAAUCAAGUAGCAGGCUGCAAAGUGCAAUCCAAUGCGAUAUUUUAAUUUUAGUUUUCCAGAUCAUGGUAAAUGAAGGAUCUAGAUAUUGAAGGAAAUUUCAAUUAAAUUUAAAAAUUAGAACUACAAAAGUUGCUAAUUUGAUCCUUCAUUGUUCCCCCUUCCAACAAUAAAUACAUUCCAAAAUACCAGAUCAAUGUCAAACCAAGAUGUGCACCAGAGCCACUGAAGUCCAGUCAGAAUGGUUUUCCUUGAUUUGUGUUAAUGUUUGAAGUGAGCAGAGGGGUCUUAGUUUUACAUAAUGGUUAUUAAAAAAUAAACUGCUCUAGCUAUGAACACCCAAAUCCCUCCUCCAUGUAGAUCACCAGCCAUGGCAGAAAAAAAAAUGCUAAAGCUUGGGUCUGGAGAGUUUGAAGUUCCAAAAUUGUUUGAUUUCCUAGCUCAAAAGCAGUCAAACUAUUACAUAUGCAUUACAAUAUUUUUCACAAAGACUAAAGGGUAAAACUGAUUAAUAUCUUUAAUUCCUACUUAACAUUUAAUAUUUAAGUACAAAAUCUGGAAAGUCAAGUGGCCUUGUAAUCAGCUUACAACUAGACAUGUUCUACCUUGUGGGGUAGAGUUGAUUUGGAACAAUGGGAGUGCUGUUAUUGGUGGGAGAUGUAAUAAAUUUGACCCAAAUUGGGGUACAAGAAUAGUAUUUUUAUAUGCAUGGAUAAACUGUAUUUUCAGUCUGGUUUUAAUUUUGCAGUAACCUUAUAGAAUGGAUUUUGCUCAGCUAAAAAAAAAUUAUGUUCUGUGGAUUAAAAGUGUGCAGUUUAUCUGCUACAGUACUAUUUAACAGCAUUGGUCAAGUAUUAUGUGUAGCAUAAAAAAGCUUGUAUUCUACAGCUAAAGCAAUACAGCACUAGACAUUAAUCUGUAGCAGUCAGAUGUGUUUUUCUUCUAUGUCAAAUAACGUAACUCUGGCUAGCUGAUGGCAUUUUGUCUGCUCGUGAUGAUCGUAACAAUUCCUUAGUCCAGUAUUAUUUUUUAAAAUUUUACAGCUUUUGGGUGGAGGGUAUUUUUAAAACUGGAAAUAUCUUUUCUCUGGUUUGUGUAACUGAGCUGUUGCAAUGCAAAACUGGAAUUGAGAGACUUAUAUACCACUUUUGUACAGAAUUGUAUGUAUGCAGUAUAUAAAUAAACCUUAUCACAGGUAA